CAUGAAAUAAAGAUUUUGAAACGGGCCGUUGUAGUUGUAGUCCCGUACAUCAUUUUCACGUUUCUUGUGUAUUAUUUAUGAUAUUAUUACUAUAAAUUUACAACACGAAGAAAUGAAAUGAAGUGCUUCGUCUUCUUCUUCUUCAAAAAGACUGUCCAACAAUGGCGUUCUUGGAGUCAUCAGUUGGAGAGCUUUCUAUGAAUUGUGAAAGGAUUCUUGGUCUGGGUUCUCUUUGCACACAAAGAACCAUCAUAGAUGUGAUAAAUUUGGUGUUUCUUGGUGUCUUCUAUCUGUUUUUGUUGGUAGAUUCUAUCCGAAAACGUCACGUUAUUAGUCGCAGCAAUAGACGGGACUGGUUCGCAAUAGUAGUUUCAGGUUGCUGUGUGCUUAUCAGUAUUGUAUUCUUUGGUGUUGGAUUAUGGGAUCUAAUAGAUAAAAGCUAUAGUUUUAGUCAAUUUGGCUGGUUGACUUAUCUUGUUAGGGGAAUAGUUUGGAUUUCGCUUGCAGUUUCGUUGCUUGUUAAGAGAAACAAAUGGAUUUGGAUUGUGGUUACUGUCUGGUGGGUGUCCUUUUCUUUAUUAGCUUCGGCUUUAAAUAUCGAAAUUCUAGUAAGAACGAAUAGUAUUCAUGUUCUUGAUAUAUUACCAUGGCCUGUGAACUUUUUGCUUCUGGUUUGUGCUUUUAGAAACUUGAGUUUUUUUGCUUCUGAACAAGACGCGGAUAAAAAUCUAUUUGAACCUCUAAUAGGAGAAUGGAAGGUAAAGGAUCAAUCGGAAUUAGCCAAUGCUAGUUUUCUUAGCAAAUUGACAUUUUCUUGGAUAAAUCCUCUGCUUAGAUUAGGCUACUCAAAACCGUUAGAUCUUGAAGAUGUACCUUCUUUAGUUCCUGAAGAUGGAGCUGAUGUAGCUUACCAAAAGUUUGCUCAUGCUUGGGAGUCCCUUGUAAGAGGAAAAAACUCGAUCAAUACAAGGAAUUUGGUUAUUGAGGCGGUGAGAAACGUACAUUUUAAAGAAAAUAUAGUCAUAGGUGUGUUUGCUUUGCUUCGGGCAAUUGCUGUGGCAGUUGUUCCUCUGCUGCUAUUUGCUUUCGUAAACUAUUCGAAUCUUGAAGAAGAGAACCUGUAUCAUGGUCUCUCGAUUGUAGGAUGUUUAAUGCUUGUAAAGUUGGUGGAGUCAUUGUCUCAAAGGCACAGCUAUUUCCUCGGGAGACAAUCAGGAAUGAGAAUGAGAUCAGCUUUAAUGGUGGCAGUCUAUCAAAAGCAGCUCAAACUUUCAAGUUACGCAAGGCGGAGGCAUUCGACGGGUGAGAUUGUGAAUUACAUUGCAGUAGAUGCUUACAGAAUGGGAGAAUUUCCUUGGUGGUUUCAUGCAACUUGGACUUAUGUUGUGCAAUUGUUUUUAUCCAUUGCCAUCCUUUUCGGAGUUGUUGGUCUCGGUGCACUUAUAGGAUUAGUACCACUCCUAAUAUGUGGACUUCUCAAUGUCCCAUUUGCAAAAUUUCUGCAGAAGUGCCAACAAGAGUUCAUGAUUGCUCAAGAUGAGCGACUUAGAGCUACUUCUGAGAUCUUGAACAGCAUGAAAAUCAUAAAGUUACAAUCAUGGGAAGAAAAGUUUAAGAGUUUCAUUGAAGCCCGCCGAGAUACUGAAUUCAAAUGGUUGGCCGAUUCACAGUUUAAGAAGAGUUAUGGAACUAUCUUGUAUUGGAUGGCUCCGACAGUCGUGUCUUCUGUCAUCUUUGUUGGAUGCGCCCUUUUUAGGAGUGCACCACUAAAUGCCAGCACCAUUUUCACAGUACUUGCAACAUUAAGGAGCAUGAGUGAGCCUGUCAGAAUGAUACCGGAGUCCCUUGCUAUACUAAUCCAAGUUAAGGUCUCUUUUGACAGGAUUAAUACUUUUCUGCUUGAUGAUGAGCUCAAGAUUGAAAGCAUUAGCUCGAUUCCAUCAGACAACUCAGUUGGGAGUGUUGUAAUCAAACAAGGUAAAUUCAGCUGGGAUCCUGAUCAAAUGAUGCCAACUUUGAGAAAUGUGAACCUGGAUAUCAAAUGGGGACAAAAAUUUGCAAUUUGCGGACCAGUUGGCGCUGGAAAAUCGUCGCUCUUAUGUGCCAUACUUGGAGAGAUUCCUAAGAUUUCAGGAACUGUAAAUGUAUUUGGAACCGUGGCCUAUGUUUCUCAAAAUUCUUGGAUUCAAAGCGGAACUGUACGCGAUAACAUACUCUAUGGCAAGCCAAUGGAUCAAGAAAAGUACGAUAAGGCUAUCAAAGCAUGCGCUUUAGAUAAAGACAUUAACAGUUUCAGUCAUGGAGACCUCACAGAAAUAGGGCAGAGAGGACUGAAUAUGAGUGGUGGACAGAAGCAGAGAAUUCAACUUGCUCGCGCUGUCUACAACGAUGCUGAUAUUUAUCUCCUUGAUGAUCCUUUUAGUGCAGUCGAUGCACAUACCGCAGCUCUUCUAUUCAAUGACUGUGUCAUGACGGCUCUAAAAAUGAAAACUGUCGUAUUAGUGACGCACCAAGUGGAGUUCCUCUCAUCGGUCGACCAGAUUCUGGUUAUGGAAGGUGGGAUAAUCACUCAAUUAGGAAGCUAUGAAGAACUCUUGACAGCCGGUACAGCAUUUGAACAGCUUGUGAAUGCUCAUAAGGAUUCAAUGACAGGAUCAGGACCCUCAAGUGACCAACCUCAAGAAGAUUCGUAUACAGAAGAUAUAAUAAGGCAAGAGGUUUAUAAUGUGUCGAAUCCUGCUAAUCGGAACAGUGAAGGAGAAACUAUUCUAAAGGAUAUGACAGGAGUGCAACUAACAGAAGAAGAAGAAAAGGGCAUUGGUGACUUUGGAUGGAAGCCGUUUCUUGAUUACGUCAUUGUCUCGAAGGGGACAUUAUUUGCUUGCCUAUCAAUAUUAUCUGUAAGUGGUUUUUCUGCUCUUCAAGCUGCUGCAACUUAUUGGCUAGCAUAUGCUAUACAGAUUCCGAACAUCAAAAGCAGCGUCUUAAUUGGCGUUUACACGUUGAUAUCGACAGUCAGUUCUAUUUUUGUAUAUUUGAGGACAUAUUUUGCAGUCCUUCUUGGAUUAAAAGCUUCUAAAUCCUUCUUCUCUUGCUUCACUAAUGCAAUCUUUAAAGCUCCAAUGCUCUUCUUUGAUUCUACCCCAGUUGGACGGAUUCUGACACGCGCUUCAUCCGAUCUUAGCAUAUUGGAUUUUGAUAUUCCUUUAGCCUAUAUUUAUGCUGCUGCUGCUUUUAUGGAAAUUACAGCUACCGUAGUAAUUAUGGCUUCGGUCACAUGGCAAGUUCUGAUUGUAGCAUUCCUUGCUAUAGUUGGUACAAAAUAUGUUCAGGAUUAUUAUUUGGCUUCCGCAAGAGAAUUGAUAAGGAUCAAUGGUACUACAAAAGCCCCUGUCAUGAACUACGCAGCCGAAACAUCACUUGGUGUUGUUACGAUAAGAGCGUUCAAAACGGUGGAUAGGUUCUUUCAGAAUUACAUAAAGCUAGUAGAUAAAGAUGCUGUUCUUUUCUUCCUAUCUAAUGGAGCAAUGGAAUGGCUUAUUAUACGGAUAGAGGCUAUGCAGAAUGCAACUCUACUCACCGCUGCUCUUUUGCUUGUAUUUCUUCCGAAAGGCACCAUCGCUCCAGGGCUCGUCGGACUUUCAUUGUCUUAUGCGUUGUCUCUUACUAGCAACACAGUUUUCAUGUCCCGUUGGUAUUGCAAUUUAGCAAACUAUAUUAUAUCAGUUGAAAGGAUCAAGCAGUUCAUGCACAUUCCGCCAGAACCGCCGGCUAUUUUGGAGAACAGUAGGCCACCAUCUUCCUGGCCUUUCCAGGGUAGAAUAGAGCUUCAAGAGCUGAAGAUAAGAUACCGUCCGAAUGCUCCGCUAGUUCUGAAAGGAAUCAGUUGCGUAUUCGAUGAAGGGACAAGAGUUGGAGUUGUAGGGAGAACAGGAAGCGGAAAAACAACAUUAAUCAGUGCUUUGUUUCGGUUAGUAGAGCCUGCAAGUGGCCAAAUUCUUAUAGAUGGACUUGACAUAUGUUCUAUAGGUCUUAAAGAUUUGAGGACAAAGCUAAGCAUCAUUCCUCAAGAACCAACACUGUUUCGGGGUAGUGUUCGAACUAAUCUCGAUCCUUUAGGCCUAUACUCUGACCAUCAAAUAUGGGAGGCUUUGGAGAAGUGUCAGCUUAAGACAACAAUUAGUAGCAUACCUAAUCAGCUAGACUCGUUAGUGAGCGAUGAAGGCGAAAAUUGGAGCGCCGGACAACGCCAACUAUUUUGCUUGGGAAGAGUACUCCUAAAAAGAAACAAAAUUCUAGUUCUAGAUGAAGCCACUGCUUCCAUUGAUUCUGCUACAGAUGCAAUUAUUCAAAAGAUUAUCAGACAAGAAUUCUCAAAAUGUACGGUUAUAACCGUUGCUCAUAGAGUUCCGACUGUGAUAGACAGUGACAUGGUCAUGGUCCUUUCUUAUGGGGAAUUGUUGGAGUAUGAUGAACCUUCAAAGUUGAUGGAGACGGAAUCUAUUUUUUCUAAGCUUGUAGCUGAGUACUGGUCUAGUUGCCGGGUUAACUCUUAGAUAAACGGAUUUUGCAAGCAAUUGGCGGAGUAGCUUGCCUUUCAAGUUAAGUUUGAGGUAAAUGGGAUCAUAAUAAACAGAGAUUAAGGGUGAAAAAGCAUUCAGUUUAUAGAUCGAAAUAACCGAUGUAAUUGUUAUGAUUUAGUUUCGGUUUCAUAAUUUUUAUCGGGUUGAAAAUUGAACCUAUUAAAAUUUUAAUUUGAAUAUUUAUUGUGAUGUUUGAUAGGUUUAGGUCGAAAAUUUAACCUAUCAGCUAUAUACGGCAUUUCUUCCAAUAAAAAUAUUCAGUUUUAAUUUCUUUUA